AUGCCCAAGGUUGUCGGUCAGCUGGCCCUGACCUCGUUCAGGUUCCUUCAACCUCAACCAUCGAACUGUAGCCCGAUCAAGACAAUAACCCCCCGGACCACAGCCCAGCUAUCGCGGCUGAGCAACCAAAAAGCAUUCAAUUCCCAUCGCACUUCGAGCAUCGUUACCGUCGCGCACCGCCAUCCUCGACCCCUUGCUUCGACAUCCCUCCACGACACGGUCGGCACGACUCCACCUGCGACAAGUCACCACGACUGGGGCACGAGGCCACAUCAGCGAGCUAGCCCAGCCUGCAUCCCUCGAACCACUGCCAAUGCAAGGCCGAGGACAUCGUCAGCACCCUCAGUCAUUUCACCACCACGGCAAUCCAGCCCACGCGCUGGUCACUGCCUUGGACCUUUCCAAUCUGGCAUGCCGCCUCCCCCGCUCAGGUACCCUGGCGGGCCCAACACGAUACCGCCCUCUUACCACCAGCAGUUCUCCUCCCACGCCCAGGGACAUGGUGCUGCUCACGGCCCACCGCUAGGUGGCAACCCUUCCUACCUCAAUGCCAACUCGCAAAGCAGCCCUUUCUCCAUCGGCGGUAACGUCCUCGGCGGAGUCGGAGCUCUUAACGGAGGGUUCGGCGUCGGCGCGGACACAGGAGGGCUCGGCAGCCAUGCUGCGCGCAUGGGCUUCCAACAGGCCGCCAACAUUCACCAGCAACAACAGCAUGGCCAGGGGCAGCACGGCUUCGGUGCUGAUCACGGCGGUGCCAACAUGCGCGGCGGUCACAAUAAGGGCAGGAUACGAGAGGUGUGGAAGCACAACCUCCACGAGGAGAUGGCCGUGCUGAGAGACCUGGUGGACAAGUAUCCUUAUAUUGCUAUGGACACCGAGUUCCCCGGUAUCGUGUCACGGCCAAUGGGAGGCUUCAGGGGAAAGAGCGACUACCACUACCAAUGCCUGCGGACCAACGUCGACAUGCUCAAGGUCAUCCAGAUCGGUCUCGCCCUUUUCAACGAAGAAGGCGAAACCCCGCCUGCGCGUCCGAGCUCGGCGGACCUGGCAGACUUUGGCCCGGCCGGCCGACGGAGCGCCCAACAGGGACCGUUCCCUUACGCGUGGCAAUUCAACUUUAAGUUUUCCCUCAAGGACGACAUGUACAACGAGAAGUCGAUCGAGUCCCUGCAAACCGCGGGCAUCGACUUCAACCUGCUCGAGCGCGACGGCAUCGACCCCCACGACUUUGCCAGUCUCCUGAUCCCAUCGGCACUGGUCUGCUUCGAUAACAUGCGCGAGAAGAUCUUCAACGGCGACAUUGCCGACGACCACGUGUGGGGUCUCGGCAUCCCGGACGGCGGCCUCCUCAUGGGCCACAUGAUGGGAACCCACGCCGGCGCCGGUGGUGCGGGCUCACACGAGCCGAACGGCCAGCAGCAGAACGGCACGCCCAGUACGCCCAACACGGUCAGCGCCGGCCUCGUCAGCACGCCCGGCGCGCAGUCGCACAACACGAACGGGUUCAACACGGGGCCGAUGACGCCCGGCGGCGGAGGCGGCGUCUUUGGCAGCUUCGCCUUCAACGCCAACCGCUAG